UCAAAAUGGCGGAUGUAGCUUUCAAACUUUAUUGCGAUUCUCUUUGUCCCAAUUAAAAGAAAAUUCUAAGAGAUACGAGAAGCGGAGAUGUACCACAGGAUCCAAGUACGUUUAGUGAGAUAGGAAAAUACCUGUUUUAAGGUUUGACAUUUUACCUGUGCAGACACCAAAAUGAAUGGUCUGGUACACACUGAGACGGUCAACCUAUUGGACAUCAUGGAGGGGGCAGACUCAGCAGACAUGGCCUCUGUACCCAUCUCCAAAGGGCGUAAUCGGGAGGCGCACAGGGGCAAUGAAAAAAAGAGGAAAGAGAAGACAAGGACACUGAUAGCACAGAUAGCUGAUAUGUUGCCUGGUUACGCAUCUGUGAAAAACAAGUCCAUGAACAUGACACUGGAGAGGGCUGUCAUGUACAUGAUUGAACUGAAGGAGAAGAAUGACCAAAUGCUUCUCAAUGACCCUAACCUGUACAGAGAGGAAGAACUGAGAAAUGUGAAGGAAAACAUGCAGCAGUUGACUGCAGAAAGGGACAAGUAUCUUAGACUUCUAGAGGCUGCAGGAAUUCCACCGGACAGUAAUCCUAGUGCCUUGUGGAAAGGUGCCAAGAAGGGAAGCCAAUAUGAAAAGCUUCAAAACUUUUCCAUGCAGAAUUCCACUGGCAUUGUGAAGGAGGAUAACCAUCAGCCUGAGGGAGAAGAUCAGAAGAAAAAAUUCUGGCCAAGAAAAAACCUUGUGAGCAGUGUACUUAAGUCAAAGAAAUCAGAGGAUUCUAAUGAACAUCUAAACAAGGCUGCACAGUUGGUGCCACCAGAGGCCCCUGUUGGCAGUGAUGGAACCAUGAUGGUCCCACUCCUGAAUGCCAAUGGUCAGGUCAUCACACAGCUGACCAUCAACACUGGGCCACAGCAAGGAGGCACUGGACAGUCUCCAAGUCAGAAUGUCCUGUUUAUGUCGCCAAACGGCAGUGCUGUUCUGCAACCUCAUGCUGCAGGAUUACGGGGAGCUGUACAGCAGCCAGUAACGAUGGGGAGCUCUGGGGUUGGGAACCAAUCAGUGGCUGGUUCUCAAAGUGUCUCGCCUACUAGCAGCUCUGCAGUGACUCCAAACUCAAACUCUACGAGCGUCACACAGUCUCUGAACUUGAAUGCUCCCAUUAUGUCUACAAAUGUUGACAAUGGAAACACCCACCCAGUGACUUCAACCAAUCAAAAUGGCAUGCUAAAUAUAAUGCCCAAUCAGAAUAUGGGAUUGCCUAUCUUGCCUGGUGGCCCACCAGGGACUGCACUCAUAAACCAAAAUGGGCAGUUGAUAUUUGUUGGUGACCAAGGUUUACCGCUGAUGCAAGGGAACAUAGGCCUUGGUUCACAAAUGCCGCAGUCAUCGUCCAGCAAUUUCCAGGCGCCAUCUGAAGUUCACAACCAAGGUCAGGAGGAUGGAACAUCCAUGGCAUCAUCAUCAUCAGCACCAACCACUUUGACCAACCAUCAACCUGGUAUAACAUCAUUGCCAAGCAGUGUCACCCAAUCCUUGGCUGCUAGGCAGCAGCCAGUCGCCCCUUCAGUACAGAGCUCUACUGGACCACAACAGGUCAACAGUUUACAACCUGGUGGUCUGCUAACUGUGAAUAAUCAGUCUGGAGCUCCAAGCCAGCACCCCACAGCUUUGAUGCUUCCUAAUGGACAAAUUAUCCCUGUAGUGACUCAGCCAUCCAUGCUUCUGCAGGGUGCAACCCCUGUACCUGGUGGUUUCAUUAUUCCAGCCAAUCAAGCUAGAAAUUUAAAUAUGCCACCACAACAGCAGACUACUGGGUUGCCUGGAAGUCAGGCCCCGCCAGUGGGGUUGCCAGCUUCUGGGUUGCUCAUGACAACCCAGGCUACCAUGCCAACAGUUGCUAUGACUACUGUGUCUUCAAGCAUAACUGCGCAAACUGCUUUACCUUCUUCCCAAACAGUUGAUAUGAAUAUGGCUGCUGGAUUACCCUCCCAAACAGUUCACCUUUUUGGGCCUGGUGCUAAAAUGGGAGGGGCUGUGUCAGGGAGUGGUUCACGUCCCUCGAGUAGGUCCAGUCAGCAGGGAAAAAAUUGCCCCAAUGGUGCCAGCCAGUUACAUAAUACUCAAUCAGGAGCGCCUGUAAUGACUGCAGAGAACAACUCUCACAACAGGAUGACUGUGCCCCUUAGUCAAUAUGCCACAGAUUCUUCAAAUUUUCCUGUCACUGGGGUCAAGACUCAGACUUUAGGACUCCCACCAGGAACAGGGAUAGUUCCAACAAGUGAUGCCCAGAACUUCAGCAGUGGAACCAUCACACAAGUGACUUCCACUUCAACAGUCACUCAAGCCCCUGUGAUAACAUCAGGGACUGCAGGUCAGCCAGGCACAAUCACACUACAGCCAGGUGCUGCUACCAUGGUACCCAUAUUCACAUCACAGGGGACUAUCUUGAUUACACUGCCACCUGGUAGCCAACCAGGCUUGAUUGUAGAUGGCAAUGGAGUCCCCCUGUUUAACACUGUCUCUGCCUCCAACCAAGCUCCUGCCACCCCUACAAGUCAGGCACAGGGGUUGAAGAAGCCAGGACAGCGUAUCAUUAAGCCAAAACCUCCCUCUGGGGAAUCUGAUAGUUCCCUGUCAUCUACUUCUGGUAGUAAAAAGAAGAAAAAGUCAAAAUCAAAAUCCCAGAAGUCAUCGCUGUGGGAUGCACCUCUUUUCAGAGAUGUCAGCCAAGCUGGAGAGGAGGACGGAAACAAAAGUAAGGAUACCAGCAGCUCUGAGGCUGCAGAUAAGAAUAAGCAGGAGUCGACUACUGAUAUCCUUGCCAAGGCUGCAGAAUCAAUAUUUUCCAGUGAAGGAUCUCCUGGUGGAUUUUAUAAUGCAGAUGAUGAUGACAGACUUGAAAUUGAUACAAGUGUCACUGAAGCAAAUGAAGAGAGUGAUUCCCAGAUCAAGUCUCCUUUAUCAAAAGGCAGUGCCUCUCACUCUCCGGUGAAGUCACCAUUUGCAAAAGGUGAAAGAGGCCGUUCUCCAGUAAGGUCUCCUCUAUCAAAAGGACAGUCAUUUCCCAUGAAAUCACCAUCUUCAGAGAAAGAGGUUGAAAAGGGAAGAACUCGAAACAAAUCUAAUAGUCACAAGAACAAGCAGAAUGAUAGCAAAGAAGGCACUAAAAAAGAUGUGAAACGAUUAAACGAAGGUCACCAAAUUGAUAUUACUGUGAAUCCAGAACAUUUUCCUGGGUAUUUUACAGAACAGAGACUGACUAAUGAUCAGAGGUCUUGUUUUGAUACAAAUGAGGUUGCCUUCUCCAACAGUGUUGGGCAAGGAACCAAAAGUCCUCCCAACCCAAAAUCUCAGAACAAAAGAAAAAAAUCAGGAGAUUCCACUGCAAAGAAAGCAGAAUCUCAAGAACACAUAUCUGUAGUUAAUUCUCCUCCUAAUACAUCGAAGUCUCAAAAGAGACGUCAGUCUAUAAGAAGUCCAGAGCGUUCAAAACAAAAUAAGAAGUCAACAGAGAAGCCAAAGUCGAAACAAGCUGAAAAAGUUCAAGAGGUUUUCCCAGAAACAAUUGAAUUCUCCGAGACUGAGCUCUCUGAUGUACUGGAUCAAGUUGAGAGUCUUGGAAAACCUGUAGAUGAGGAGCCAGAAAAGAAAUCACGGUCUAGAAAAUCCAAGUGUGAUGCUGAUGAGGAACCUCACCCCAAGAAAAGGCGGAAAGGCCCAUCCAAAGGGUUACUUUCAAUGAAAGGAAAAAGUGCAACUGAUAGUGUGUUGCAAAAUAAAAGUAUGGACAUUUUUGAAUUUACAGAUGAUUCACCGUCUCCUCCUGCACUUGUGAUAACAAAUGAAAACACUGAAACUAAGGUGCAGUUGCCUAAAAGCCCUGAUAAGAUUUCACCUGGUAAGGGGACUCUGCCUAGGUAUAAUGUAUUUAGUAAUGAAUUGAAACAGAGAAAACGAACAGUAAGCCAGGAUCAGUUGGAUGACAAGCAGGAUGAUAGGGAACAGCCUACUGAUGAGCAUAACAGCUCUUUUGAAAGUGGUGAGAAUUUAUUUGAAACUCUAUUUAAUGCUGCCACUGCAGCAGGACAGAAUACUGCCGUGACAGCACAGAAUCAUAAUGAAUCAGAUAACUUAAAUCUACUCUCUGACAUGGCAUUGUCUCAAAACUAUACUGCCAGCCAAUCCAGAAUCUCGAACAAAUCAUCAGUACAGAAGAACUUACAAGAAAAUGGAAUGGGACAAAUGGAAAAGACAAAAGGGGAAACGGAAUGCCCAAGUACUAAUGCAGCUGGUUACAAUUAUUACUCUGUUAUUACUUCCAGUUCUCAACAGUCUGUUAUUGGUAACGAUGUAAGAGAAAAACAAGGAGCCCAAGAUGUGAUGAAAGGUAAUGGCCUUGAAUCUGGUGAAGAGCUCAGAUCUCCACAAAGGUCAAAUGAAACUUCCUUUUCAGCUUCUCAGUUGAGUUAUUCUGCAGAAUCCUUAUUUACACCUAGUUCUAACCCUUCGUCAGCAAGGCAGGUUAUCCAGUCACAAGAGCAAGGCCCACAGCCACAGGUCAUUCAGCAACGGGAUACCUUUUCACAACCACAGACCCAACAGAAGCAGAAUGCGGAGCGAUUUGUGCAAAGAAGUCCCCAGCAGAGUGCAUCUUUUCCAUCCCAAGGAGGUCUUCCUGCAGUGAGUUCUGAUCCUGGCAGUCAGCGCAGUGGUGCUCCAAGUACUGUUCACUACAUGCCACAGCGAAGCCAGGAAAAAAUGAUGUCACCUCCACCUCCUAGACCUGAUGGGCGGACUAGGACAGCAUCAGGCUUUUAUUCUGCAGAAAAUUUUGUACAACCUUCAUCGAAUUCUGUCCCAAGGGGAGGCCCAUUGUCUCAGAACAACCCCAGUGAAAAUAGAGCACUGCCGCUAAGUCAACCUUCUCCUUUGAGUCAGGGUCCAAUGUUUUCUCCUGAAAAGAAUCAAGAAAGGGGAGGUGGACGCUCAAGAGAAAACAGCCGAGAACGGAGGCAGCCUGAUACAAAUACCAAUGUUGGAUCAGCUCCUGUGUCAUCUUCCCAGGAUUCAUUUGAUUUUCACAACACAUCCACCUUUGGAUUAACUAGUGUCCCUCCAGCUAGCGCAGAGUACCUCAGAGCAGGUGGUAUCCCAGCCCCUCCAGCACCCUCUGGCAUAGGGACAUCUUUCACAUUUACAUUAACAUCAACUUCCUCUGCACCUCCUACAUCAUCAACAGCAGCUUUUGGUCAGAUGCCCCACCACCAGUUUCCCUUCUACCCCCUUCAUCCUUCUUUGAGUCAGUAUGGUGCUCCACUGCCUGGGAUGCCUAAUCCACCUCCACUUAACCUGUCUCGGGAUGAGAAUUCCAGGCAAAAGGAAAGAGGGCCAAGCAGAACGAUGCCUGAUAUACAGCAGCAAAAUCCAGGGUUGCCAUCUCAUCCUUCUGGGGCCAUCCCUGGCCAGGGUCAGAGUCAACAGCCAGAGUUUAGUCCCCAGGGACAUUUACUUAGAACCCCUUCUGGAGUUGGGCAAAAUCCCCAACAGCGACAACAUGAGCUUGCCCAGAAUCGAGGCCAGGAUAAUAAUAAUAUGCAGCCAAUUCCUGUUUCCCAUAGCAGAGAACCAAUGAAUCCUCCUCAGCAUCUUUCACAAGGAGAGACCAAUGCCAAUUCAUUCCAACGCUCUUCUUACAGUAACCCAUCAGAUAAGAAUUCUCAUUCAAGGACACCUGGUCUAACAAGCCCACCUUUACAUCACAACGAUACUUUGUCAGAUUCCAGCAGGAUGGCUAUGCCUCAAAACCCAAACUAUGGACAGAAUUAUGGAAGAUCAUCAUCCAAUGACUUUCAAAAUGUGUCCAGUUUGUCAUCUCAUUAUGAGCCCCCACCACUUCAUUAUGCACCUGGACCACCACAAUCUACCAAUCAAAAUGCCCCUAACAUUCAAAAGUCAUCCAACCAAAGUGAAAGACCAAAGAAGUCGAGCAUAGCACCCAAAGCUUCAAGGCACAUUUCUUCUGCAUCAGAAAGGCCAUCCAAGUCCAUGCCCAAGAAAGGAAUGACUCGGCAACAGCAGCAACAGUAUGAAGUUGAUACAAACUUGUCUAAUUCCAUUUUUGAAUCAAAUCGUAGUAUGACUCCAUACUUUUCAAUUUCAAAUUUACCACCCUCGCCUCCAAGAAAUGACGGGCCAACUUAUAUUCCAAGUAAUAUUUUCCCUGGUCCACCACCACCUUCAAGCAGAAGUAUGACAGACCAGAGUGCUUAUCAUAAAAAUCCAGACAUAAAUGCCACUUUCAAUUCAUUGUUCAACCCUUCCAGACCAGGACAGAAUAGUCUUGGACUUAACUUUCAGCCACCGAGCUUUGGAGUAAACAGUGUCCAUGGAAGUCAUGCCAGCACUGCCAGUAUUAAUCCACAUACAAAUAGCAUUUCAGUUAUGACCCCGCAUGUGCCAAAUUUCAACCUGACUAACAUUUUUGGGGAAAUGCCAAAUCCUGGUCAGCCAGACACCUUGAAUAUCUCGCCAAUCAAAUUUCCUACAAAUAAUCCCAUUUUGCCCCCGCCGCAGGGUGGUAUGGACCCUAAUUCUUUGCACCACCACCAACAAGCUGGGACAUUGUACCAUAAUAGGCCGCACCCUCCACCAGCGGUAUUGCAUAAUAUGAGUAUAAACAAUAUCCUAGGGCAUCACAACCAUCAUGGUUUUGAGGCCCGCCCAAUGGCACCUCCUGGAAUGAACAAUCCUGUAGGGCCGCCGUUUCAUGGCCAUGGACACACCCCUACAUUUGGAAUGCCCCCAUUGAACUUCACUAUGCAUGACCACUAACACUGUUAGGACUCUUGUUUUUUUUUCUUUUUAUUUAUAUUUUUGUAUGGAAAAGUUUUGCAGAAAAUUCAGUCAAGGAAGUAAAACAGUCAUGGAAUAGAUUUUAUUUGAUGAACAUAACGUGCAAACUGAAAAUUUGACAAGAAAUAUGUGCAUUUUCUGAGUAUAGAUUUGUUGUCCAUAACAUAUACAUUUAUAGAGAGGGUUAUUCACAUAAAUCCCAUUGUCAGGUUCACUCUAUCAUUGAUCACCAGAUGGUUAAGGAAAUCUGUUUUAGCUGUAGAUAAUAUCACUGAUUAAGAAAAAAAAUGUUAUUUUAAUUUUUAUUUAAAAUGUUUAAUUAUCGUCUUUAUUUUAUUAUUUUUAUUAAUUUAAUUUAAAUUUCAUUUUAUCUUUCAUUUAUUUUUUUGCAUAACAAAUCAAAGUGCUAGAGUGAACCCAACAAUGCCAGAUUUCAUUUUCAUUGUUUAGAUGGUGCUGUAUAGAGAACAAUUGCAAUAUCUGUGCUUUGUACCAAAUGUUUAUAUGGUUUUGAUUUUUAAAAAAACUUUCUUGAAGUCAUGUCAGUGGUGUUUAGAAGUUUUUUUUUUAAUCAAAAUUUUAUUUUUGUUACUAUUACCAUUAGUACCCUGUGAAUUUCUUUUUGUUGCUUUGUGAGGUUUUACAGAGAACUAAUGUUUUGGAUUUACAUCAGUAAAAUGUAGGUUGGGGCAAAAACAGAAGACUUUCUUCACAUAUAGCUUAGUAGGAAAAUGGCAUACAGCAAGGAAAUUCAGUAUCAGAAAGUUUCAACUCAACUUGCUCCCAAAGAGCUUUGUAGUGCCUAUAUCAAAACUACUUACAAAUUUUUUUAUCUCGUUUACUUUUAAUUAUUUAUUUUCAAGAUAUCUCACUUUUGUGAAGUUUUUGCACCAUGGACCCAACGAACAUUCAUAUUUUAAUUUUUGUUUUCACCCCCAAAUAUUAUCAACACACUGUUUUGUGAAAUAGAAUCGACCAAUUAUGUUAAAAUUUAAUAAUUUAAAUAUUUUUCAAUGGAGGUUUAAUUCCAUAGAAAAAAAGUGCAAUGGCCAAAAGUGGCAACUGAGAUUUUUUGAAAUAAUAAAAUGUUCUGAAAACGAUCCUUCAAAAAGAAAACAGUGCUGGAAAAUUGUCAGGAAAUAAUCAAAUUGAGGUAUGAUUUAUUGAUGAAUAUUACCAAAUGUGAUUUAAGUAUUGAGCAUGCAGUUUCUGUACAUAAUAGAACAUAAACAUUAUUUGAAAUCUGAGGAUUAUAGUGUACAGAAAUGAAAUUUAUGUGAAUGUAUAGAUGUGUAAACAUUUUAGAAUAGUGAAAAGUGGAGUUUUUUUAUGUAUUCAAUAUUUGUCAUUAUUUUAUGAUUUUUUAAAAUUUGAGUGAAAGAUGGCUGAGAAUUGUCAGCUCUCAUAAGUUUUAGAAUUUCUAAUUCAUAAAAAUUGUGCUGGUGUUGUUAGAUAAUUUUGUACACCUGCUUUUAAACUUGGACAGUUGCUGAAGAUCUAUAUGCUUUUGGGCUUGCGUAUUGAUGGAUGUAUUUUUAUAAGUUAUAAAGAAACAAAUGGUGUGUAUAACAUAUAAAUAAUUUUUAAAGAGAUGAACAACAUAUCAUUAUGUACAUAUACAUCCUCAUUCUUUGUCAUCUUUUCUUAUUUUUAUUCAGUAAUUUUAUACUCUAUAGUUUUAGUGUUUUGUCAUAAUUAACUGUCUGAUAUUUUUCUGAAGAAUGAAGGCACCCAAACUUCUGGGUUAAAAUAUAAACAGGUAUGCAUUGAAUGUCUUAUACAAACUUUAUAAGUAAAUGUGUGAAUGAAUGGAAGUAGACAUUAUGUGGAUAAAUGCAGUGUAUGAGGAAAUCUGAUAGAUGGUCAGUAAAAGAGGCAGAAGUAUUGUUGAAUAAGUAAAUUAGAUAUUUUAUCAUGUCCUUGUGAUUAUAUUGAAAUGUAAUCUGCAAUGCUUUCAUCAUAUAUGCUGUACUUGAACUGUUUUAUUAUGUAGAUGACAAUGUGUAUUUGUAUCCUUUUAUAUACAAAGUGAACUUAUAAAGAUAAUUUAUAUUGUUAAA